GCGGCUCAGAGGCUGAGGCGGCGGGGCGGGCACUUCCGCCCGUCACCGACAUGGCCGCAGGCCGGGAGUGCGCAUGAGCAGCUGUCCAUGGAGCUCUCCGAGUCCGGGGACGGAGAGCACGGUCCGGGGAGAUCCGCGGCGGCGGCGGCGGCGGCGGCCGGACUUAGCACUCAGGACCGUGAGGCAGGAGAUUCGAAGACUUCCAAAGAAGGACCAGUUCCUCGGAUGAGCCCCCUUACAGAGAGAUGAAGGGGCAGCAGAAAACAGCUGAAACGGAAGAGGGGACAGUGCAGAUUCAGGAAGGUGCAGUGGCAACUGGGGAGGACCCAACCAGUGUGGCUAUUGCCAGCAUCCAAUCAGCUGCCACUUUCCCUGACCCCAACGUCAAGUACGUCUUCCGAACUGAGAAUGGGGGCCAGGUGAUGUACAGGGUGAUCCAGGUGUCUGAGGGGCAGCUGGAUGGCCAGACUGAGGGGACUGGCGCCAUCAGUGGCUAUCCUGCCACUCAAUCCAUGACCCAGGCCGUGAUCCAGGGUGCGUUCACCAGUGACGAUGCAGUUGACACAGAGGGGACGGCCGCCGAAACGCACUAUACUUACUUCCCCAGCACUGCGGUGGGAGAUGGGGCAGGGGGGACCACGUCGGGGAGUACAGCAGCAGUUGUUACUACCCAGGGCUCAGAGGCACUGCUGGGGCAGGCGACCCCUCCUGGCACUGGACAGUUCUUUGUGAUGAUGUCGCCACAGGAAGUGUUGCAGGGAGGAAGCCAGCGCUCCAUUGCCCCCAGGACUCACCCUUAUUCCCCGAAGUCAGAAGCUCCCAGGACGACUCGGGAUGAGAAACGCAGGGCUCAGCAUAAUGAAGUUGAACGCCGCCGCCGAGACAAGAUUAACAACUGGAUUGUGCAGCUGUCCAAGAUCAUCCCAGACUGCUCCAUGGAGAGCACCAAGUCUGGCCAGAGUAAAGGUGGGAUUCUGUCCAAAGCCUGUGAUUAUAUCCAGGAGCUUCGACAGAGUAACCACCGGUUGUCUGAAGAACUGCAGGGGCUCGACCAACUGCAGCUGGACAACGAUGUGCUCCGACAGCAGGUGGAAGAUCUUAAAAACAAGAACCUGCUGCUACGGGCUCAGCUGCGGCACCACGGAGUAGAGGUCGUCAUCAAGAAUGACAGCAACUAACUGUGGGGACUCGAGGGCCUUAGGCCCUACAGCCCCUUUCCAAGAACUGCAGAUAGUCCAGGAGAACGGCUCACCCGUGCCCCUUUCCUUCACCACCCACUCCUGGCGUGGGACCAGGGGGAGCUCAGAAAGCAUGGCUUUGAACUGAGGCCCGGUGACAGCAGCGUGCAGUGGUGUGAAACACACGUGGGUGUGCGCUGACAGCCUCGUCCAGUCCCACCGCGCGGCCCCUGAGCCCUCGUGUCCCUCUUCACAUGCAUGUGCCGUCUCCAUGCUGGAUACCGGACACAACGUGGGGGCUUGCCCUGUGCUUGCUUCGAGAACCAGCAGAGGGUCUGCUGACAAGUGACGCUCUGGUUGCCCCAGGACUCUGGCGCUCCCACCGGGUCUUCCUCACCCUGGAGCUCAGGUGUGCGCUCGAGGACUCUCCGGAACAGGCUUUCGCCAGAAGUGGGGGAAAGGAUGCUUAGCAGCGGCUCCUGCCCCAGGAACAGGAGAUGGGCCGGCGGGCAGCCAGGGCCUGUGCGGAAGCCUCUGGAGCCAGGGAGAAGACAGGGGCCCACGUGGGGCCUUCCCCUUGUGGGGAUGGUGUUUCUUUUUCUUCCUUUUCUUUCUUUCUUUCUUUUUUUUUUUUUUUAAAGAUAAAACGUUCAGAGCCAC